ACGCGCAAUGCCAAUCCAUCAAAAAUAUCUUUCUCUGUAAACUGUUUUUUAUUUAAAUAACAUAUACAUAAACAGUGUACAGUAUAAACACGUACAGGAGAUACAUUUGCAUCUAUAUUAUUCGCAUCUAAUACAAAAACUCGAUUAAAUAUGCGCGAAUUUAAAGUUGUUGUGCUCGGAUCUGGCGGAGUGGGUAAAUCGGCCCUUACCGUUCAAUUUGUUUCGGGAUGCUUCAUUGAAAAGUAUGAUCCUACAAUUGAGGACUUCUAUCGCAAGGAAAUAGAGGUAGACAGCUCGCCUUGUGUUUUGGAAAUAUUGGACACAGCAGGAACAGAGCAAUUUGCCUCCAUGAGAGAUCUAUAUAUCAAGAAUGGACAUGGCUUUAUUGUAAUGUAUUCACUUACGAACCAUCAAACAUUUCAGGAUAUUUCUAGUAUGAAAAAUGUCAUCACUCGUGUGAAAGGAAGUCAGCCAGCACCCAUCCUACUAGUCGCGAAUAAAUUUGAUUUAGAUUGCCAAAGAGAGGUAUCCACCGCUGAAGGUAAUGCCUUGGCACAGCUUUGGGACUGUCCAUUUAUCGAAGCAUCAGCAAAGGAUCGGAUAAACGUUAAUGAAGUAUUCGCAACCAUUGUUCGCGAGAUGAAUUUGACGCAGGAGAAUCGGCAAAAAAAGAAUUACUGUUGUUGUACGCUUUUAUAGAAAUUUUGUAAGAUUGUAAGAUUAUUAUAGUUAAAAAUAAAAAUACUAAUAUUUAAUAGAUAACGAA